AUGGAGUUGAUUUCACAAAAGGAUAAUAGAAGUCCAGAUGCUGCUAAAGCAAGUUCAAGUGUUACCAAAGACUGUGAUUUCAUGUCUCCUAAGCUUAGUGAUUGGUCACGUAGAGGUUCAGAAGACAUGCUUGAUUGUUUUCUUGAUCAAGGCGAUAAUUCUGUAUCAAUGGAUGAUCUUAAAGCUCACCCCUCUAUGUCAUGUAGGACCCACUUUGGUCCUAAAUCUGACCAAGGAAUGACCACAUCAUCUGCUGGCAGCAUGACUCCUAGGUCGCCAUUGAUGACACCAAAAACCAGCCAGAUAGACUUGUUAUUGGCAGGGAAGGGUGCCUAUUAUGAACAUGAUGACCUUCCACAGAUGAAUGAGCUUGCUGAUAUUGCUCGAUGUGUUGGCAAUACGCCAUUGGAUGAUGACCGAUCUUUGUCGUAUCUACUGACGUGUCUUGAUGACUUAAGAGUCGUGAUCGACCGGAGAAAGUUUGAUGCCCUGACCGUUGAGACAUUUGGAGCACGCAUAGAGAAUCUUAUUCGGUGA